AAAAUUUUUGAAAAUUCUCAGUGAAAAUGCAAACAGCACUGCCAAUUUUAUCGAAAGUGAGCUUGAAGCUCUUUUUAUACAUAAAAGCACUAACCGAGUGCUAUUCGCAGAAGCCGGCAAAGAUUUUGUCGACUUCUUCGUCAACAUUCUCCGCAUACCCGUUGGAAAUCUCAUUACGAUUCUCAAACCGGACAUAAUGCUUGGUAGCUUAGUAAACAUUCACGACAGCAUUAUAAAUUUAAGUCCAUCGAUUGGGUCGCGCAUGCGUUCCGGACUGCACUGCCACUCAUCCAAUGGAGUGAAAGAAGCCCCAUACCUGGUGAUGGAUGAUCUGGAGGUGAAACUCCUGUCCACACUUUCUCUAUUAAUGCUGUUUAACGAGUUUCAUGUCAAAGACGGGGAUCUUGAGGAGAAAGUAGUCGAGAUGGGCAGGGAUGAGGGUUUGAAGCUGCUCAAGGUUUCUCUGCUGUCGAAAGAUUUGACUCAAGUUUUCCUGCCGACGGUGAAAGAGGAAGUUUAGAUGAAGUACUGCUAAUUUGGUUUAUAGUUUUGUUUUGUUGCAAAUAUGUUUCUAAAUACCAAGUCGGACUUGACAAUGUAUUUGACAAUUUGCUAACAUUUCUCUCGUCUAAACUCUCUG